UAGUUGUGAUAUCAAUUAAAAUAUUUUAAUUUUAACAGUUAGUUUCUUUGGUUGGUCAGAAGAAAGUGAAGGUUGUGAUUUACAGUUUGUUACUUUCCGAUUCCGAUGGAUGAUUUAUUGGCUACGUUAGGAGUCGCUGUUAUUCAGAUUUUAUUUUCUCCUUAGAUCGAGGAUUGUGUGCCGUGUUUGAUCUGUACCUAUGGAGUAGGCAUCUGGAGCAACUCGAUAUUUCUCGAAGCCCAAUCAAGGUCCGUCAUGUUUGCAGAAGUAAAGUGAGAUGCAUUUCUUCUCGAGGAUUCCCUUCAGGAGGAUUCACUCGGAUGAGCCAGUACCAGGGCAGGUUCGGAGACCAGCCCCAGUGAAGGAGCCGCCAGAUGGAGGCUGGGGCUGGGUAGUGGUGCUGUCAGCUUUUAUCUUCAAUGUGCUGGUUCUUGGAUUUCACAAUUCCUUUGGAGUCUACCUCAUCAGUCUUCUGGAAACAUAUGAGGAAGCAGAUUCUACAAUAGCCUGGGUAGGAUCUAUCAGUUAUGGACUUAUAAUGAUGUUUGGACCACUUUCUGGAAAAUUGACUGUGAAAUAUGGAGCCAGAGAAGUAUCAAUAAUUGGAUCAAUUAUCAUAAUAAUUUCCAUUGUGUGCUCAUCGUUCACUCCCAGCUUAGGAGUUCUUUUCUUAACACAUGGAUUCCUCACUGGUUUGGGUUCAAGUUUUGCAUUCACACCAGGUAUGAUCAUGGUAAGCCAGUACUUCACCACCAAGCGCUCCUUUGCCACAGGAAUAGUGAUGUCUGGAGGAGCAGCGGGUGCUUUGAUCCAGACCCGUCUUCACCAGUUCCUUAUUGCUGCUCUGGGCUGGAGAGAGAGCCUCCGUGUGUUCGCUGCUGUAAUGGUGCUCUGUAUAAUCGCAGGAUUUGCAUAUAUACCGCUGAAUCCACGAGGUCACUCCCGGAGUGUAGCUGAUAACCUAAAAACCUCCCCUCUGAGGAAGUAUGUUGUUGAUCUUGGACUGUGGAAGGACAGGGUAUUUGUGAUAUGGGUAUUAGCAAACGGCUUUGCAAAGUUUGGGUUCUUCAUACCCUUCGUGCAUCUGCUAAAGCAUGCGACUCAGUUGUCCAUCUCAGCUUCCAAGGCUGGUAAUAUCAUGCUGGUUCUGGGGCUAAGCAGCAUGAUUAGCAGAAUCGUUUUUGGGAAGAUCUGUGACUCUGAAAGAAUUAAUCGCUUAUACAUCAACCAGGGAUCUGUGUUUUUAGUUGGGCUCUUGUACUUGUUCUUUCCCUUGUUUUACUCUUACGGUUCCCUCAUUGCCUUCGGAUUGUUACUGGGAUUUGCAGAUGCAGGAAACUACAUCCUGCUUCCUGUCCUCACCUUCGAUCUGAUGGGGGCAGAACGGAUGCCAGUAGCUUGGGGCUUCAUGCUGACCGUGAAUUCCAUCAGCUCCUUUGGCCCACCGUUUGCUGGCUGGAUGAAUGAUCUCACAGGAACCUACAAUCUUGGUUUUGUGGUUGCUGGAGUUCUGGAUGUGGUUGCCACCUUUAUUCUUGCCAUGAUUCCAUUUGUGAAACGCUCUGCAGUGCAGAGCCACAAAAGCAUCAUGAAUGUUACCAUCUGUGAGUCUACUCGGGAGAUCAGGCAAUGGGAUGACAUCAACAAUUUUGCCGAGAACCAAAGAGCUGCACAGUAUGUGAAAUAUGUCUCAAAGACAACGUUUCAAAACUCAGAACUCGAUGAGGGAACGUCUGACAAAGAAUUUGAAGAAGAGCCUGUUAUCCUUUCUCUUCCUCCAGAGGAAACCAUCUGAUCAUUAUAGCAAUUAAAAGAUGCUUCAUCCAUU